AUGUUCGGACAUUAUCCGAUCCUUGGGGGUUUGAGUCUCGGACUGAUUGCGCGCGUCUCAGCCAAACCUCUGAACAUCAAUGGCACAACUCUCGGGCCCAUCACCAAUGUUUCUGUAACAGAUGUCAUCACAGCAAACAUAGUGGACAGUGAUGAGAUCAUAAACAUCACUGUGCUGCCUGAGAGCGGACCAAUCGCAGAGAAUGCGGCCGCCCCACUUGCUGGUUCGCAGCUCUCCAGUCUUAUGACGACCACUGUUCAGCUCGCCGUGGCCUCCACGACUUCCUUUGCUGAUCAGUAUACGAGUACUGUCACCGAUACCGCGCCUCAAUGUGCUCUGGGCUCUGUGAGUGGUUCGCCAGCCACCAGUAGCGCUAUGAUCGCAGGUCAAGCUCCUUUCGCGACCGCAGCAUCAUCUAGCGUACCCGUCGCAUAUGCAGCUUCGACUCUUCUCCCGGCUGUCCAUUGGGAUUAUCCCACCAACGACUUGCAGAAUCUCGCUCCAGCCAACGGUUCCAACCUCUACUACUCCUCUGGUGGCGUGUCUGAUCCAACGGUCCAGCAUCUCUUCGGUGCACUCUCGUCUACCUUUCAGUACGAUGCCGUCGUUCUUGACCAUUCUUCCUAUGUCGCCAACACCUCCUGUUCUUCUGAUGGAAUUCUGGUCACCUUCACAUCAACUGAUGCUUACAACUUCGCGUCAAGCAGCUGGGCAGCUGCAUCGUCCGGCUUUGUUCUUGUGACUUAUACAGAUGGUUGUCACGGAGCUUCUAAUCAGCAAAGAACGUUUUGGUUAAUCAAGUCACUCGAAUUUUCACCCAAUUCUCUUUCGAUCAUCGCCGAAGUUGAGACCGAAGUGGCGAUCGAGAAUGCUCUUAGCAACGUCGACUUCCAAUGGGGUACAUACUAUCCUCCCAAGGGUAAUUCCACUGCAUCAUCCAGCAGCACCACGUCCUCCAUCGCUGGAGCACAAACAUCCUCUUCCGGCCGUCCCAGUCCUUCUAGUUCUUCCCGCGGAUCAACUAGUGGUGCUGUUUGUGGAAACGCGCCUUCAUCCAUCAUCGACGGCUUGCCUGCAGCAAACUGUGGUGACGCCGACUUCGACAUGGAACUUGAUACUGCCAUUGGCUUCCUUCAAUUUGACUCGGAGUCUUCAGAUGCUGCUAGCUUCGAAGAAUUCCUACCCGGUGAUGUAUUGAAUGCCACUCAGCUCGCAGACCUCCAAGACAGUCGCACCCUAUCGAGGCGUACGAGUUUGCUAGGAAAACGAUCAUUGUGGGAUGAUAUUUCCGACGGAGCUUCAUCUGUGUUUGACACUGCCGUCGAUGCUGGGGCUCAAGCGAUUCAAGCCGCCAAGGACCUGGCCAAUGAAGCUGCUGCGAAAGCCGCGCAGCUCGCCAAAGAUUUGACAGAGCUUGACCCAUCUAUCAGUGCAUCGACGGACUUCAACUUCGGCCCUGACGCCAAUGCAGACUCACCUUGGGGCAAGGCCGCACAAGUUUACGCAACGAGUGCAUCGACCCAGUCCGGAGCGGGCAGUGCCGAUGUGACUAUCUACUGCGUGGAUUGUGGCAUCAAAGGACAUGUUGCUCUUGCAGGUCAGGUGAAAUUCAACAUCGUCGAUGGUCUCCAUUCGCUGAACGCUAAUAUCAACGCCAAUCUCGAGGCUGGCGUCAAUAUUGGCCUGGUCGCAAACGCUCAAUAUUCGAACACCAAUACCAGACGGCUCGUGGAACAAGCUCUUCCGGAGGUUGGUGUCUCUGUCGACAGUAUUUUCUCUGUUGGCGUCUUCUUGACUGUGGACGCUGUGAGUACCGUCGACGUUUCCGCUACGGGACAAGCUAUUGUCGGUGUGACCAUGACGAUACCCGAUUUCGAAGCUAAGCUCGAUUUGUUCGAUCAGAACAGUGCUGGUGGUUCUGGCGUUACAGGGAUCGAACCUAUCUUUAACAAGCGAUUCGAGGCUACCGGCAAGAUCGCAGCUUCUGUGCAACUCGCUUUGCCGAUUGAGUUCAACUGCGGCUUCGAAAUCCCAGCCUUGAGUCUGAAACGCGCAAUAUCCUUGAUCGAACGACCAAGUCUUUACGGAAAGCUUACUGUCGCCGCAAGCACUAGCAAUGUCGACCCUGCAAGCGAAACCUGCAACAACGGUAUCGAGUAUUUUGCGAAUGUCCAAAAUGAUCUUAAGUUUGACUUCCUCGGCUUGCAGACUUUCGAUCUGAAUCACUAUGAGUCGCCUCCUCUCUUGCAGGGUUGCCAACACUUUACUUCCAACGAUAUAGCCAAGAACGAUCUUUCGUUGUCAGCGCCUGCUAUCAAGGGACUGUAUGCAAACGCGACUGGCAAGACUGUGACUCCCAAUCUUGAUCAACCUGGGUCUACAAGUCGACGCUACGCCUUUGUUCGCCGCGACAACACCACCUCCACAACCAAUGACAACGGUGAUGUGAUCGACGAUGAGCCUCAAAAUGACUUCCACAACACGGACACCUCCGACGAGACGACUGGCACAGUCACCGACGACUCUACAGACGCGGAUGGAACGGAAUACCAGGAGAGUGCUAGUCAGGCCCUUGAACUCGCGGCCGAUGCCAAAGCCCAAGAUGGCAUCAUCUUCACCACGCUCAUCGAUUCCCAGAAGACCUUCCAGAUUGCACCAGCUCAAGAUGGACCCACUAGCGAUGCUGGUCUAUUUGCCACAGCAAAGAAUCUCAUCUUCGGCGAUGAUCAGGACCGUGUUCUGCUCUUCUACCCUGAGGAGAUUGGAGCAUACAAUGCAAGUCGCAUUAGACUUGCUCCCGUGUCGGCUGUACCAAAGACCGCCCAGAUCAUCACCUUAUCUCAGCUACCAGGCGCUAGUGCAUCCUCCAGCACAUACUUUGCUUUCUCGCUCGAGAAAGAGAUCUAUAACCUGGUUCUUUGCAACUUCGACAACGGUGCUGCCAGCAAAGUCUUCCUAGUCUCUGGUCAGUCUGGCCUUGACUCGCUUCAGAAGAAUCCCGAUAUCAAGUACACGAUUACUGGAGCUCCUGUCUCUAGUUGCGCACCUCUGUCACUCGCCAAUGGCGGUAACGGUGUGGUCUAA